AUGCCUGAGUCACUUGUCAACACCUCUACCACAGACCAGGGACAGUCAACACAAUUGUAUGGUUCUGCUCUUGUUCGGAUCUUCAGCUAUGUUGUUCUCGCGCUAUUUCCGCUUAUCGCCCUGGCGAUCAGCAGAAUCUCCACGCCUAGCUUGGAUCCGAGGGAGCCACCACUCCUGAAGCCGACGAUACCUGUUGUGGGACACCUCGUCAACAUGCUCUACAAGGGCGGCAAGUACUAUCUAGAGAUGUACGAGUCUUCUCAGGGAAAGCUUUCGACAGCCACGCUCAGCAUCUUUGGCCAAAAGGUCUAUCUAAUUGCCUCUCCCUCUCUGGCACAGGCAGCUCUCCGCAACCGUCUUCUUUCCUUUGACCCUUUCGUUGUCCAGGCGAGCGAUGGCCUGGUCAGACUCAGCGCAAAGGCAAAAGAGCUUUUCGUGGACGGCACACUGCUCCAUGCCUUCUCCACGACGGUAUCAUCAGCAACUUCACCAGAACCUAUGCGACGUAUGACGGUUACGGCACUUGCGGCGUUUACUGAUGAUCUCAAUGCGCUAGCAGCCGGACCUGACCAUCAGCAAGAGAUCCAGCACUUGUAUCACUUUCUCAGAAAUCGGAUCGCCAUGGCCGCAACAGAUUCGCUUUACGGCAUAAAAACAAAUCCAUUUAGACAUGACCCUCGUCUGGUCGAUGAUAUCUGGACAUUUGAUGAUGCAUUGACCUAUCUUUUCCCUAACAUUAAGCCUGAGUGGAUAGCACCAGCUGGCAAUUCUGCUCGAGAGCGACUUCAACAUGUUCUCGUCAACUAUUACAAGCAAUUUCCCGACGAACCGUCAUUCCCACCAGAUGUCGCAGAGUUUACAAAGCUUCGGGCACGCAUCAUUCGCAACUCUGGCCUCAGCGACACUGACCUGGGCCGACUUGAGGUAGGCAUGGUGGUAGCCGCAACGACCAAUAGUGCCCCAAUGUUCUUUUGGUUUUUGAUCAGCGUCAUGUCUCGACCGCAAAUUCUCGCCAAAGUCAGAGAAGAGGUUGAGCCACUGGUGACCUUCAGAAAGGAAGACAUCAGUGGGCCCAGUGGAGCUGCAAUAAAAGUAGUCGCAACUUUUCGUACCUCUCAGUUGACCGAUUCAAUCAUCUGCCCCUACAUCACUGCGGCACAUCGUGAGACCUUGCGUCUCUUCGACUCUAAUACAGCAACACGGCACGUUCUAGACGACACGACACUUCCUGACGGAACUCUGCUCCGUGCUGGAGGCAUUUGUCAUAUUCCCGCCGGUGUUGGACACCGCAUCCCAGAAGCGUGGGGCGAAAGGGACCCAAAUGAGUUUGCGCCUGAACGAUGGCUCGAGCACCAAGUACGCAUGUCGGGGUCAAGCGGUAUCACGCAGAAGAUGGCCUUUUGGCCUUUUGGUGGCGGCAAACACCUGUGCCCUGGUCGCAACUUCGCCAUUAACGAGAACAUCACCCUUCUCGCGGCAUUGGUCACAGGAUUUGACUGCGAUGGUCUCGUUGUUCCUGAGUGCCCUAUCGCAAAUCUCACGGGUCAAAGUGUCCCACCGCCAAAGAAGCAAGUGAAGGCCACGUUCAAAAGACGAGAGGGUUGGGAAAACGUCUUCUCUAUCCAUCGCGUUGCAGUCAUCAUCUAUCGCAUCUAUUUUCAUCCCCUUCGCCGUUAUCCCGGACCGAAACUCGCAGCAGUCACAAAGCUUUAUCGACUCUACGUCACAGUCAUAGGGGAUGGUGCCAUCGCUCCCAAACGGCUCCAUGAUCAAUAUGGUCUUAUUGUUCGGAUUGGACCAGAUGAGCUCAGCUACAUUGAUCACCGGGCAUGGAAGGAUAUUCAUGGCUUCCACAAGUCCGGGCAAGACCUCUUCGAAAAGGACUUGGUGAUGUAUGGACCAGAUAUUGCGCCUAAUGUUCGGGGUCUGAUCCGCGCCAACGACUCAGGGCACAGGCGCCAACGGCGGAUAUUCAGCCAUGCAUUCUCAGACAAAGCACUUCGUGGGCAGCAAGACCUCAUUCGAGGCUAUGUGGAUAUGCUGGUUGAAAAAAUCCACCAGGUGCACCGGGUGGCCACGUGUCAGGGAGACAAGUCGGUGGAAGUGACUCGUCUGUACACUUUUACAACCUUCGAUAUUAUGGCGGACUUGACCUUUGGAAAACCCUUGGGGAUGCUCAGUGGUGAGAGCUUCGUGCCCUGGGUUUCGGUUAUCGAAGAAUCACUUAAGUACUCGGGAUACACCUUACUCCUUCGUGCAUACCCAAUUCUCGAGACGUUCUUCACGCGUUUGAUACCCAAGAGAAUAAAGGCAAUGAGAGAUGAGCACAUCAACUUCGCCGUCAAGCGGGUUGACGAACGCCUGGAGCAAGGCGCCGACAGGGGCGAUAUCUGGAGCUUAGUUGAGCGUAACGAGGAGCAGAACAACAUAACUCGAGAAGAGAUGUACUCUAGUUCGUACGAGUUCCUCAUCGCAGGAUCUGAGACAACGGCAAGUCUUCUCAGUGGGUUGACUUACUUCCUCUGCAAAAACGAAAGCAAGAUGAAGAUUUUGCUCAAGGAGAUUCGCAGCCUGAAAAGAGACGAGCUUACGAUUUCCAAGCUCCAAGGUUUGAAGUACCUCCAAGCCUGCAUAGACGAGGCUAUUAGGCUCUAUCCUCCUGUUGCUGGAGCACUGGGGCGCGUGAAGCGAGUCUGCGGGGCGAAUAUCUGCGGUCAAUGGGUUCCAGAGGGGACCACGGUAGGAAUACCUCAUAUGGCAGCAUAUCAUUCUGCAAAACACUUUAGUUUUCCAAUGGAGUUUAUGCCAGAGCGUUGGCUUACGAACGCUCCUUCUAAAUUUUCAGACGACAACAAGGAGGUUUUCCAGCCUUUUCUCUACGGGCCGAGGAAUUGUCUCGGAAAGAGUCUGGCUUAUCACGAAGUUCGAUUGAUCAUCGCUUCAAUUUUGUGGGACUUUGAUGUCGAGCUGGAAAACAAGGAGGUGGAUUGGCUGAAACAAAAAUGGUAUGGAUUCUUUGAAAAGAAUCAGCUGCGUGUGAAGAUGACACCAGCUGUAUGA